GACUAGAAAAAAAUGGACAAAAUUCUUUCAUUCAUUUCCAUUGGAAUUUAUGUGUUCUUCAUUUUCUGCAGAACCUCAACUGCAGCUGACACCUUGAUUUUCAAACAUGGCAGCUUUCAAUUGGGUUUCUUAAACACUGGGGUUUACCGGCGUCAAUUAGCAUCAACUUCAGGUGAUUACUGUGACAACGAUGGCCUUUGUGGCGCCAAUGGAAUGUGUGACAUUAGUAAUUCACAAGUCUGCAUUUGUUUAAAAGGGUUCAAGCCCAAAAGACCAGACAAAUGGAACUUGGGAGAAUAUACAGAAGGUUGUGUGCGGCCUGAACUUUUGAAAUGCCAAAUUAAAGUUGGGUUUAUGAAAUAUGCUGCAGUGAAAUUGCCAGAUAUCACAAAUUCUUGGGUUAAUCAAAGUAUGAGCCUCAUGGAAUGCAGAGCAAGUUGCUUGAGCAACUGUUCUUGUAUGGCUUACUCAAGCUCCGGUAUCAAAGGAGAAGGCAGUGGCUGCACCAUCUGGUUUGGUGAUCUUAUCAACAUUAGAAAGCUUUUGGCUGGUGGGCAGGAUCUGUAUAUUCGAAUGCCUGCUUCGGAACUGAACGCGAAUUGCCGAAAGACAAAGAUCGCAGUGAUAGUUGUAUCCAUUGCUUCCAUUGUUUCUGGGAUGCUCUUAGCUGUUUGUUGCAUUUGCCGUAAGAGUUCAAAGUUCAAAGAGAAAAUGGGGAAGCACGGAACAAUGAGUAAGAACUAUGAAGGACAGAAAGAAGACCUGGAGGUACCAUUAUUUAGUCUGUCCACAAUAGCCACUGCUACUGACAACUUUUCAUUCAACAAGAAGCUUGGAGAAGGUGGUUUUGGACCAGUAUACAAGGGUAGACUAGUAGAUGGGCAAGAAAUUGCGGUGAAGAGGCUCUCACAAAGUUCAGGGCAAGGAUCAAACGAGUUCAAAACCGAAGUACGACUAAUAGCCAAACUUCAGCACCGAAAUCUUGUGAGGCUUCUAGGUUGUUGCAUUGAGGGUGAAGAGAAGUUGCUGAUUUAUGAGCACAUGCCCAACAAAAGCUUGGACCUCUACAUUUUUGAUCAAACUCAAGGUAGACUGUUGUAUUGGUCAAAACGCUUCCACAUUAUCUGUGGGAUUGCCAGGGGUCUUCUCUAUCUGCAUCAAGAUUCAAGAUUGAGGAUUAUUCAUAGAGAUCUUAAAGCAAGUAAUGUUUUACUUGACAAGGAGAUGAACCCAAAAAUCUCCGACUUUGGCUUAGCUAAAACUUUUGGAGGAGAUCAGAAUGAAGGAGUUACAAGAAAUGUUGUUGGAACCUAUGGUUAUAUGGCACCGGAAUACGCCAUUGAUGGCCAAUUCUCUGUAAAAUCAGACGUUUUUAGCUUUGGCAUUUUGUUGUUGGAGAUAAUAAGUGGGAAGAGAAGUAGAGGAUUUUAUGAUCCGGAUGAACACCUUAACCUCAUUGGACAUGCAUGGAGAUUGUGGAAAGAAGGGAGGUCUCUAGAGUUGAUUGAUGAAAGCUUAAGCGACUCAUGCGCUCUAUCAGAAGUCUUGCACUGCAUACACAUUAGUCUUUUAUGUGUGCAACAGCUUCCUGAAGACAGGCCAACCAUGUCAUCUGUGAUUCUGAUGUUAGGUGAUGGGGGUGCCUUGCCUCAACCCAAAAGGCCAGGUUUCUUUGGUGGAAGAUAUUCAUCUGAAGCAGAUUCUUCGUCAAUUAAGAACGAAAUAUCUUCACCCUUUGACUCUACAAUAACCGUGCUGGAGGCUCGAUAAGAUUUAAUCUUGUACCAUGUAAAUUUUUCGAGGCUCAUGUUCUGUUUGAAGCUUGAUAGGUGGAGUUUCUCCAAGCACCUGUCUAAAAAAGCUUGGCAGGAAUGGAUCAUGUUGCGGAUUUGGGUGCAUUAAACAGUUUUGGGCCUUCAAUGUCCUAACAUUCUUCAAUGAUGUGUUUCUCAAAGCUCGUGAUUGGCAUAGAAUGAUCAUGAGCAAGGAAGGAUGGGCCAUCAAUAUUAGCUCUCCGUCCCAGUCAGUGGAUACAAAUUUCAUCUGCACAGCCACACAUGUAAUGGAGCCUAACAAGAACAGCUGUAGAGAUCCUACUUAUAUAAGAGCAUCCACAGUGGGGGGUGUAAAUUCGGGGGUGUAAAGCUACUUUUACAUCCCCUUCACACCUCCGGGGGGUGUAAAUAUAUUUUUUGCUCCAAUAGGGGGUGUAAAUUUGGGGGUGUAGCCAUGGGUCCCAGUCUUUUAUGCUGACUUUUCUUCAUUUUUCUUUUCUUUUCUCGGGUGGGUCCCGCCU